CGGGGGCUGUCCUGGAGCUGGAGUGGGACGUUCCCGGUGGUGCCCUCCAGGGACAAGCAGGGAGGUUGUCCAACCUCCUGCCCUCCGGUGACAGUCUCACGGGAGGUCCCCGUUGUCGCGGUUACCGGGAGACAGAGUCGAGUUCCACAGGCGCAUUCCACAGCUUCGGGGCCUGCUGGGAAGGCCCUGCAGCUCCAGUGCAGCUCUGGCCAUGGCGUAGGGCUGUACCUCAGGCCAUUCCUGGCGCCAGUGGCCCAUUCCCAGAGCCAGCAUGCCGUCCCUGCCGCAGGAUUCGCCCGCCACGGGAUUGGGGACGGGGUUCCCCAUGGUGAGGGGCCCCCCCUCCAAGCUCGUGGGCUUGUAUGUCACCACCUACGAGGCAGCCUUUGGGAAGGGGCCCACGGGGUCACCCCAGAAAUUGAAGGAGGGGCACGUUUUGGGGAUCGAGCCCCCCAGUGACAGGAGCAUCCACCCUCUCCUCGGCGUCCACACCGGCUCGGGAUAUGUCGUCAACAACUACUCAGAGCUCAGAUCCGUGAUCUUCCCGCAUGUGGAGCGCCAGGACACCGACAUUUCCACCACCGCCGAGGACUUCAAGGUCUUCGGGCGCCCUGAAUACCACAGGAUGUUGCCCGAGCAUGUGGAUGAUCCUCAGUGUCAGUAUCCCACUGGCUUCUCCUUUUCCCGCCUCCGUUUCGGGGAGGUGAGAGCCCCAAAAGCGUCCGGGGAAUACGGCAUCCAGAGCCCUUGCGCCAGUCCUGCCAAGCCAGAUGUCCCACUGAGGGCGACGGAGCUGUCGGGCUGCACCGGGACCACCCCGAGGAGUGACCUCACCCCACCAGAGCAACCCCUUGAUGUCGGUGAUGGUCGGAUGGAUUCCUUUUCUGCCAUAUGCAGCACUCCCCAACCUGCCAUGGGCUACCCAGCCCCCUUCGCCCCCCCGGAGCUCCAGGUGGCACCCAAGGGAGUCACUACCGUGAAGGUGGGUGCAGCCUUGUCCCCUGUCCCAUCCCUUUUCCCAAGGGACCACGCUCCCAACCCACUGCAUCCCUCAGAAGCCGCUGGGGUAUGGCACCAUCCAGAACCAGUACCUGAUCAAGCUCUCACAGCUGGCUCCCAUAGCACCAGGCUGGUGGGCACACACUCCAGUCACCUGGGCCCCGAGAUCUGUGGAGGGCAUCCAGAUCCCGAGUCCCAGUGGCUUCAGCACCAACAACCGUCCCACCAACCUGUGGCGCAUUGAUGACCCCCUGACAUGACCCCCCCCCAAAAAAAAAGUGCUGCUGCAUCCUGGGAAUCCCAUGCUCGCCUUUUCCCAAAUCCCCGUAGGAGGAAUAAAGACCCUCUGUGAUGCCA